UCUGAAGAAGAGACUGACUCGUUCUCCUGAGAUCUUCUCCUUAUCCUUCACCCUCUGAUCUCCCUUCCCCGCUUGAACCUACACACCUUCUCUCCCUUCCUUCUCAGAGGCUUAGGCCUCUAGGGUUAGGGUUUCCUUCGAUUCUUUUCUUCUUCUUCUGCUUCUUCUCUGAAUCAGAGACAAAGAGGAAUUUAGGAAUAACAAUGGGGAAGGGAGGUUCGUUGAGCGAGAGCGUUGUGAAGAAGAUCCUGCUCUCGUACGCAUACGUCGCCAUAUGGAUCUUCCUGAGCUUCACUGUGAUCGUUUACAACAAGUACAUCCUCGACAAGAAGAUGUAUAACUGGCCAUAUCCAAUCUCUCUAACCAUGAUCCAUAUGUCCUUCUGUUCCUUCCUGGCUUUCCUCCUCGUUCGUGUCUUCAAGCUCGUGGAACCGGUCUCCAUGUCUCGAGAUCUCUACCUCUCCUCCGUCGUCCCCAUCGGAGCUCUUUACUCGCUCAGCCUCUGGUUCUCCAACUCCGCCUACAUCUACCUAUCUGUUUCAUUUAUUCAGAUGCUUAAGGCACUGAUGCCCGUUGCCGUCUACUCCAUCGGCGUUUUCUUCAAGAAGGAGACCUUCAAGACUGAAUCUAUGAUGAACAUGCUUUCUAUCUCCUUCGGUGUUGCCGUUGCCGCCUAUGGCGAGGCACGAUUUGAUACCUGGGGCGUCAUUCUCCAACUCGCUGCCGUUGCCUUCGAGGCUACCCGCCUCGUCAUGAUCCAGAUCUUGCUCACCUCCAAGGGCAUCACCCUCAACCCUAUUACCUCCCUUUAUUACGUCGCUCCCUGUUGCCUCGUCUUCCUCUUUGUUCCAUGGAUGCUCGUCGAGUUCCCUGUACUGAAGCAGACCUCCAGCUUCCACUUCGAUUGGCCCAUCUUCGGCACCAAUUCCGUCUGCGCCUUCGCCUUGAAUCUCGCCGUGUUCUUGCUCGUCGGCAAGACUUCCGCGCUGACGAUGAAUGUCGCUGGAGUCGUCAAAGAUUGGCUUUUGAUUGCUUUCUCGUGGUCGGUCAUCAGGGAUACGGUCACUCCAAUCAAUCUGAUCGGGUACGGGCUCGCAUUCUUGGGCGUGGCCUACUAUAACCACUCGAAGCUGCAGGCGCUCAAGGCUAAGGAAGCUCAGAAGAAGGCUACUCUGGCAGAUGAGGAGUCUGGACGACUCUUGGAAGAGAGAGAAGCGGAGGGUCAGGCAAGGAAGUCCGAUUCGCAGGCUUGAUCUUAAUUCAAUUGUCAAAUUAUUAUUCAGAUCAGAUAAAUUCUAUUAGCCUAAAAAUGAAGAAGUAAAGAAGGGAAACAGUCAAUAUUUGGAAGUGGGGAGCUCGGAUGAAACAGGUUCUCUUUGUCCGACUGGGUUUGAAGGUGGGUUAUCGAUCUGGCUAUGUUUUUUUCUAUUUUAGAUAUUCGUUUGCAUAUCAGUAGUUCAUGGUCGUUGCAUUGUGAUAUUGGGGAUUCGAGUUCUACGCCCGUCGCUUAGUUUGACAAUUUUCUGUACGUGAGUAGAGGAAGAAUCUCGGAAAUCUUCUGUAUUUUCUCUUUUCUUUUGUUGGCCUUCUAAAUUCAUCAGUCUUGUGUAGGUACUCUUCGUCUCCUUUGAGGGUGAUUUUAUGUUUAUUUAUUAAGCUGCA